CUCGGAUUGAACGGUUAGAUAUCGCUGGCGGAGCGUCAAUAGACUCCCAUUUAAUCUGUUAUCAGUAGCAACAACACGCAAUAUUAUCAAAUUACACGCGUCUUAUCUCCAAAAUCGUUGAAAUUGGUGGCAAUAACGCGCUACCUACCAUUAAACUUUGUUGAUGGCAGCAAUAAAUGAAACAACACAAUAAAACAAAAAAACACAAUAAAUCUCAAAAAUGGAUCCGGAAAUGUGCUCAAUCAAGCAGGAACAAGACCUGGAUUUGAAUUGUGGCAGCCCGUCGCAGUCCUCGUCGUGCAGCAACGUCGAAAGUUUCGUGACCAACAAACGACCUUUGGAACAAAAUGCGGAUGUAUUUAAAUUCGUACAAAAAUAUCAGAAAUCCGAGUCGACAUCCAGUUCGCCGGAUCAUCAGUAUUGCAGUUCGACAUCGGGCAUUGGUGAUUUUAACGCAGCAACGACGACAUUCAACGGCGGUCAAGAGGUUGGCAGUGACGAAAUACCAAAACGCGUUUGUUUGGUGUGCGGCGACGACGCAUCCGGCUUUCACUACGGCGUUUCGUCGUGCGAAGCGUGCAAAGCAUUUUUCAAGAGGACGAUUCAAGGAAGCAUCGAGUACAGCUGUCCUGCCAAUAAAAAUUGCGAAAUCAACAAGAAACGCAGGAAAGCGUGUCAGGCGUGUCGUUUUCACAAGUGCUUAGUGAUGGGGAUGCUCAAGGAGGGCGUUCGUUUGGAUCGCGUGCGUGGCGGAAGACAGAAAUAUCGCAGAAAUCCCGGCGGAACGCAAGCUUUUGUCUCGCAAUUGCAACUCGCGCACGAGCCAAGUGCCGUCAAACGUCUCGACGAUAUCAAAUUACUGCAAACAAUGGUAGCAAUUGAACCGCAGCAAUUGGCAUCGCAUUGCGGAUUCGACUUGACGACACGUUACAGGGGACAACGCGUCGAUGCCGUCGAAAUUUUUAGUGUUUUAAGUGAUUUGUUCGGCAACGAGUGUCAAGCGAUCAUCGAGUGGGCCAAAAAGAUUCCAGAAUUCUCCAAUUUGCCGAUGACUGAUCAGCAGAGACUCCUGCAGGAUAGCUGGACCGAAAUUUUUACCUUAAUGUUAGUGUUUAGAUCGAUGCCCUUCGCCCCAAAUGGGCGAUUGAAUUUUGCAUCGGACUUUUGGAUAGAUGAACGUAUGGCAGAGCAGUGUGGCGCCGUAGAAUUGUACAAUCAUUACAAAUUGGUUGCACAACGUUUCGAUAGCAUAAAUGUUAGGAAAGAAGAGUAUUGUUUGCUCAAGGCAUUAGUACUCUUUAACUGUGAUAUUCGGCUUGAUAAUUACAUGGCUUUGAAAAAGUUACGUGAUAAUGUCUUAACAGCCCUCAACGAUUGUGUACUUAUAACAAGAAAUGAAAAUGCCAUCGAUUACCAACAGCAAUUUCUCCUAAUGCUUCCAUCGUUGCGACAGUGUGACCAUACUGUACGUGAUUUUUGGAAAAAAUUGCAGCGUGAAGGCAACAUUUCAAUGAGCAUGCUAUUAAAGGAAAUGAUAGCAACUGUCUCCCCCUGAAACAAUUGAAAAUUCCCCCUUUUUGAUAGCUUUUUGAUAUAGAGAAAAAAAGAGAGAGAGAGAAAGCAAUGUGCAAAAAUUGCGUUAAUUUUUUUUUCUUAGAUUACCCAACAAAGAAACUACCUGUUCAGCUUAACCAAUUUGAAUUUUAUCCAAUUUCACACAAUCCAGUAAUUACCUAGUAAGAUGUAAUGUUUAGUUAUUUUAAGCUCAAAUUGACGUUUACCACACACACUAUUACCUACCAAGCAUUAUUAUUAAAACAAAAAAUUGUCACCAAUUUUAAUUUUUAACGAAAAUUCGUUUUUUUCCAAUAAAACAAAAACUUCUAAUUG